AUGGAUUCUCUUAACUAUACAAUGGCAUCUGAUUCAGCUGUGGAAACUGAGAAUCCAAGUGACAACUCUUCCUCUGGUAGCAGCUUGUUUAAAACUCAGUGUGUUCCUGUCCCACCUAAACGGAGGCAAAGAAACACUAUUAGAAAGUUCGUUCACAUACCCAAAAGUACUCAGGCAACAGAGUCAUCUAGUGACUCAUCUAUAGAGCCAAGACCACUGACUUUAAAGGCUCUUUUUGAAAGAUUCAAAAAUAAGAAACGUAAACGUAAAAAGAAAUACAAGCCAAUGGGAAGAUCAGCGGGAAGACCAAAAGGAAGGAGAACCACUAGAUACUCACAAAUUACUGAGAAACAAUUUAAAGACAAAAGACCUGGUUUCCCAUUUUUAGAAUCAGAAAAUGGAAGAAAACCAUUACCUUGGAGAAAAAUUUUAACCUUUGAGCAAGCAGUGGCAAGAGGAUUUUUUAACUACCUUGAAAAACUGAAGUAUGAAUACUACCUCAAGGAAUCCUUGAAACAGAUGAAUGUUGCUGAAGAUUUAGAAAAACAAGACCUUGAUAGUUGAAGAUACAGAUACUUGGAUGAUGAUGGAUCUCUCUCUCCUAUUGAAGAGCCAGCAGCAGAGGAGGAGAUUGCAGCAAACCUUGAACAUGAUGAAUGUUAUAUUAAGUUGGUGGAGAAUAGUUAUUUCAUAAUAAUUUCUGAAUUUCCAAAGAAGAAGAAUGUAUAUUUGGAUCAAGAGGAAUAUACUGAAGAAACUGCUUUGCUUAAAAAGAGAACAUCAAAAUCUAAACACUGGACAGAGGACAAAAUGGCCUGA